UUCGGGUUGCAGUAUCUGUUUCACUGCAACAACAUGCAAGAUUGCAAGUGCGAUUUAUGCCGGUGUUGUUGUUAUCGUUAUCAAUUCGUUCAUCGUUUUGGAACUAAAAUUAUUCUGUUUGGCACAUGGCGUAUUCGUUCAGUAAUUGAUUUGCUUCGUUGAUUAAUUUAAAAAAAAUACCUUCUAUAUUUACCAAUAACUCAAGUCUUCUUUGAUAUUUUCCUUCUUACAUGAAGGUAUUGAAACUUGUGAACACCUUGUAGCAGGCACCACCAAAACGAACAACGGUAUUUCAAAGUCGUGAGCGUCGAAAAUUCUACCGAAAUAUUUUUUCAACUACUGGCUUCCUAGCGUCAUUUUGAGUGAUAUCACUUCUCUAUGUUCUAUGAGUCGAUUUGAUUUGAGUUGAAUAAGAUUUUCCAAUAAAGUUGGAUUUAUUUUUAUUAUAUCUUCGCAUAUACCGAAUCAAGAAUAGAAAAUGACCGAAACUACGUCCAGAGUUUACGAUCUGAUUUAUCCGAGUCCUGUAACACUGAAAGAAAUCUCCACUAUCUCACUGGUUGUGGAAUUAUGACGUGAAGAAAUCGAACGUACUGAAAUUAAAACUCAUCCGAAAGAAUUAGAUUUAGCCAUUGACGUUAUACAUCUGGAUUUAGCUAAAGAUAUUCCGUUGAAAGAGAUAAUUUCCAAUGUUCCAUCGGCGAUUUACGAUUUACUGGACGAAUACAUCGCCAAGUUCAGAUUAUCAAUUUCGCGAUGGAUGGAAUAUCAUCACAAACACGUAUUCGAUUCUCAUUACGAUAGUUACACUAAGGCGUUGAUCAAUUUCCAUGAUUUUGUAUGGGACUGGAAUGGUGUUAUUGAGUACGUUCGAACGGCCAAACGAAUGAUGCUGUGUGAUCGACUCACCGUUGAUGAGAAAUUCAAGAUCGCUUGUUUGUAUUGCUUCGAAGAUGAUAUUAUACGAAUUUGGCCACUUCUCGGCUCGAAGAACAUAUUACAGUUGACUCAAAUCAAUCACGAGUAUAUUCGAUGCCCACUGCUGAACUACUGGAUUUGCUAUCUAAGAAACGAACUAGACAAAGUACCCAAUUCUCUUCAUUAUGAACCAAUGCCAAUCGAUGAGAGGAUGCUUGAAGAAUGGUCUGGAUACAACUAUUCUCUUGUUGUACAUUUUUGGAACAGAAUACCCUACGGAAGACAGUCACAAGCAGGCUUCUAUUUACCUUUUGAAGGUGCCAGUUUGUACGCUAGGUACAUUUUACCAAAAUUCGACGAUUUCCAACUUGAAAAAUUUCUCGCUGAAAAAGGUGUUGAUUUCAUGGUUUAUUUGCUGAGCUAUAACCGGGAAAAAAUGUACGUUCUCUCUACGUGGAUGUACAUUAGAAACAAAAUGAACGGAAGUCGUUUCAUCCGAUUAAUCGAGGAACUGCUAGAAAACGAGACCAAUCUAUUUAUCAUUAAGGAACGAUUGAAUUCCAACGAUGAAGUUUCUUUAUGCUGCGAAGUAUGGAAAAAUUCCCUUGAGAAUUUGAAACGAUUAGCAUUGAAUAAUGUACUGUCAAAUGAAGAAUUGUUCAACCGAAGGCUUCAAAAGCCAUCUCAACCUAGAGAAAUGAGAUUCCUAAUCACAAUUCUGUUAGAUGCGAGUUACGAACAAAGACACAAAUGUUGGUGCGAAAAUUGGCUUAAUUUGAUCUCCGGUGCUCGUGUCGAUGAUCUACUGGGAGUAAUGAAGUUAUGUUUCCGGAACGAAAACGACAUAACCUCGUUUAAAGAGCAAUAUAUGUCUAAAUACGAAAACAUCGGCCCAUAUUGCGUCCAGUUGUUGGAACACGGAUGUUUUAAAGAAUUGAGCGAAUUUUUGACUUUUUGUUGUUCGGAUCGGAAUUUAGUAACUGAGUUGAAACAGCAACUAUUGAGGUCAAAUUUUCUCGGCGAAGAUUCUAUUCUGCGGUUCGGUGUUUUCUGUAAACAUACUGAACAGUUGAAUGCGUUCGUCGAAGAUGCUUUUGAAGACGUCGAUCUUCGUAUUGAAUUCAAAAAUCAAUUCGUUUCAUCGCCCGUAACUGAAGACCACUUAUUCGAUUGUAUUCGCUUGGGUUCCUUCGAUUGUGCGAUACAAUUCGUUGAAAUAUUUGUACCGGAGGAACGAGCUGUUAAUGUUUUGAAGCAACGUUUAUUGAAUAAUUUCAACGCGCGUCUAGUCUCUGGUGAUAUUCGGAACUUGCAGGUUGAUAAUUUACAAAAAUUUCUCGUCUGGUUGUUGGGUAGCGAAGAUGAGAUCGGUAAAUUCAAGCAGUCGUUAUCAGUAGGUGAUAUUUUUUGUAAUAUGGUACAGUUUAAGUCGGAACGCGGGGCAAUCGAACUAAUGGAAGAAUGGACUCAAGAUGACGAAUCAAUGGAUGUUUUUUUGACGUGGUAUUUUAAUGAUAAUGGUGAAGAGAUUCGAAAAAUUAAGAAACUGUAUGCUGAUAAGUUGAAGGUGUUUGGUUUUCGAGAAUAGGGUAGUUUCUUGAAACUUUUCUCGUGUUCAAAUUACCAAGAUAAAAGUUACGUUUAAUCUUUUAUAAAAGACUGUUGCAUUUUUUCAUGUUUUUAUUAUUGAUAUUCAGUACUGAAAUUAAGUGUUUAUUGUUUUUAUCAAGUUGUAAUGAUGAUUUUAUUAUUUGAAUUAAGUAAACCCGUUGAGUUAUUGACUAC